GCACCAGUGUCUCUGUAGUUUGGGCAACGAGCAGUCGGUAAUUAUGAGUGCUUUGCUGGGAGGACGAAUUGCUGUGGUUACCGGUGGUGCAUCCGGCAUCGGCAAGGCCAUCUCGCAGACGUUGGCCAAGCAUGGAGCUCGUGUCGUAGUUGCCGAUUUGGAUUCCGGCAACGCUGCAGCCACUGCAAAGGCUCUUCCAGCUAGCCAGAGCCAUUCCUCGUUUGCCUGUGACGUGUCAAAUGCAGACAGUGUGAAGGGGCUCAGUGAGCAUGUAAAAUCGCUGGGAACACCGUCGAUUUUGGUAAAUUGUGCAGGGAUCACAAAGGAUUCUACACUUCUAAAAAUGAAGCAGGAGCAAUGGGACAGUGUCAUUAAGGUCAACCUUACCGGAGUCUUCCAUGUAUCCCAAGCAUUUGUCAAAGCAUCAGUUGACAACAACAACCACCCAUUAUCAAUUAUCAAUGUUUCAUCAAUUGUCGGCAAAAUGGGAAAUUUCGGCCAAACCAACUACGCAGCCACCAAGGCCGGAGUCAUCGGGUUCACAAAAUCUGCAGCGAAAGAGUUGGCGAAAAAGAACGUACGUGUGAACGCAGUGCUCCCAGGCUUCAUCAAGACCCCAAUGACAGAGGCAAUGCCACCGACUGUGUUGGCCGAAAUCUGUAAGGGAAUUCCAAUGGGCCGGAUGGGUGAAGCCGAGGAAAUCGCCAACUCCGUCUUGUACCUUGCCUCUGAUCUCUCCUCAUAUGUGACUGGUGCCACUUUGGAAGUUACCGGUGGAUUUAGUAUGUAGAUUAAAUUUAGACUUUUUACUUUGACGGUUUAUAUCGUGGAUUUUAAAACUUCUGGAGAUUUUUAUUUAAUUAAUGUAUACUUUUGAAAGUCUAUGAAAAAAUCUGAAACUAUGCCCUCAAAGUAAGCAGGUAGCUUGGUUUAGAAUCUUUGUUGAUAUUGUGAUUAACUUUGUUUCAUGAAAUGAAUAUUUGUUUU